GUCAUCGGUAGCUAAGAAACGAAAACGGCUAGAAAUUUAGAAGUAAAAUUUGCAAAUCGAAAUAUUAAACACACAGGCGAGCACGGAUAAGUAAAUGGAUUACGUUUAUUGCGGCACCGAUCCAAUCGGGGCCCCUGAGGACAUACUGAGUGUUUACGACGCGGGAUCAGCUCGAGGAUCCGGACAAUUUUCCCCCAGUUUCAAUGGCUUCAACAUCGGCAAUACCGAGCCAGACUAUGUGGAACUGGUGCCCGUGUUCGCCGAUGGCGGGGAACAUUUCGGCGUCUCCACAGUUGCAUUCGACGACUACGAAGAGCUGCUUUGGAUGGGCAACCAGGGAGGCCAUGUCACCUCUUACUACACCAGCUCGAUGCAGAAGUACACUUCGUUCCAGGUGCAUCCCUGUGACAUCGUUCGCCAGAUAACCACGCUCGAUUCCGGAGUGCUGGCAUUGACCCAGACCUCGCUGCGUCACCAAAUCCGAAGGGGUUUGCCCAAAUUUACCCAUAAAUCCAACAACAUGACGGAGAUGGUGUGCAUGUUGCAGUUGUCACCGAACCGCCUUGUCAUGGCGGGAUUACAGGAAGAGCUGAUCGAUUUCGACCUCCGCACGCUCAAGGAGACCAGGCUGGAGCACGUGGGCGCCGCUGGCUGCACUGUGCUGCGCAAGAACUCUCGCUUCUUGUUUGCCGGCGACCAGUUUGGGACGGUGACUCUGCGGGACCUUAAUAGCCUGGCGGUGCAGCAUACCAUCAAGACACACACCAACGGGCUGUCAGAUUUCAGCGUCCAGGGCAACCUGCUUAUCUCCUGCGGGUACAGUGGCCGACAGAACAACCUAACCGUCGAUCGAUUCCUCAUGGUCUAUGACCUGCGAAUGCUUCGCCAGAUAUCUCCCAUCCAGGUGCUGAUCGAUCCGCAAAUGCUUCAGUUUCUGCCGUCGCUCACUUCGCGACUGGCCGUUGUGUCCAGUUACGGCCAAAUCCAGCUGGUAGACACUGUAGAGCUGAGCGAGCCGCGUGUCUCGAUGUACCAGAUCAAUACCAACGGCAGUCAGUGCCUCACUUUCGACAUCAGCUCCUCCUCGCAGGCCAUGGCCUUCGGCGAUCAGAGUGGUCACAUCAAUUUGAUUGCUGCUGUACAAACACCUCAGCCACAGUUCAACCCGUUCUCGCGCAACACGGAGUUCGCCGACGCCGUGCCGCCCCUGCCGAUGGUACCUCUCUCAGACACCAAUUUUCCGCUGUCUUCAGUUAUGCUGCCACAUCUGACGACAGGAACACAGUGGUUCUCGGACUGGCCGGAGGAGCUGUUGCGGUACCAUUACCACAGACCCAAAACCAUCGAGCCCGAGGUGUUGAACAACAUGAAAAUGCAGGGUCCGAUCGGAUAUUCGCCAAACCCGCGCACUGCCCGUCGGAAUCAGAUUCCCUACGUGCUCGAGCAGGGAAGCGCUAGUAGCACAAACGGUAAUGGUACUGUGGCUGCUGUUAAAGCAGAAAACGGCGUUAAAAUCAUUCCACGGCGGUAUCGCAAGGUCGAAUUAAAAUAUACGAAGCUUGGCACCCAAGAUUUCGACUUUGAGCAGCAUAAUCAGACGUGCUUCGCUGGACUGGAGGCCACGUUGCCCAACUCUUAUUGCAACGCUAUGCUUCAAAUUCUGUACUUUACGGAUCCCUUGCGCGUGAAGCUUAUUGAACAUUCCUGUUCGAAGGAGUUUUGCUUGUCCUGCGAACUCGGUUUUCUGUUCCACAUGCUGGAUAAGAGCACCGCUUCAUCGCCGUGCCAGGCUAGCAAUUUCUUGAGAUCUUUUCGCACGGUUCCGGAGGCCUCGGCGUUGGGCUUGAUUCUGACGGACUGCUCCUCCAAUGUCAACCUGAUAACUCUGAUACAGAACUGGAACCGAUUCAUUCUGCAUCAAAUGCAUUACGAAAUCUUCGACUCCAGCAAGAACUCGUCCGCUUCAAGCGGAUCUGUGCAAACAUCGUUGAAUGCCGACACCACGGCCACAGGUGAAACAAGUGGCUCCUCGGAACUCUUUGAUUCCAUAUGUGAUGAGACUUCCAAGGAUGAGGACCGGGAGCGCAGCAAGAUUAAUGCAGAGACUGAAAUAAGUAAGAUCUUCGGCACCAAACAGAUUUGCGUUAACCGGUGCAUCAAAUGCCAUGUGGAGAAGUCGAAGGAAAACAUUCUGCUCGCCUGCAAUAUGUCAUACCCCACCCACAUCAAAGAUAGUGAGCAGUAUUUCAGUUUCGGAACUAUUUUAAAGCGGUCUCUAUGUUCAGAGAAAAGCAUCCAGGCCUUUUGCGAGAGCUGCAAGAAAUUCUCACCAACAAAUCAAAUCGUAAAGGUCACCGCUCUGCCUCAAACCCUGGCCAUCAACUGCGGUCUCAAUAAUGAGAAGGACUUGACCUUCCUGAAGCGACAACUAAACCGCUGUAAUGAAAAGCCCUCUGCCGAAGUAGCUUCUUCUUUGACCACCAGCAAGCCCUGUCGCUAUGGAGCGAACUGUUCUCGGAGUGAUUGUCACUUCAUGCACCCAGACCGAAAGUCGCCUUCACACACAAGCCAAUCAAACAAUGCUAAUAGCUCGCCCAUCGGACGUCAAAAGUCUUGGUUCCCCUUGAGCUUCACCAUGGGUUUCAGCGAGGAAGGAGAGCUACUGGUGCAAACCCCAUCGGAAGUCAGCACAGCCAAAACAGAACAGGAGGAGGAGACCGAGAAACCUCCCAUCUUCAAAGACGACAACAAUCGCACAUACGCUCUGCACGCUGUGGUUUGCCAAGUGGAUGACGGGACUCAAAAGAACCUCGUGUCUUUGAUUAAUGUACAAAGGCAAUACCAUGUCAUGAAGAUGGCGGCCGCCGAGUCUCCCGACGAACCCCAGAACCAAUGGUACAUCUUUAAUGAUUUCAGCAUUUCUCCUGUCUCGCCGCAAGAGUCGGUGUGGUUUACUCUGGACUGGAAGGUUCCAUGCGUUCUGUUCUACAUGAGAGUGGAAGAUGAGACGGAUUCUGCAAGCUCCACAGAUUCGAUUGCAACAGAAAGCGAGGAACCUCUUCCUUCAGAGAGUAGCUCCGACACGGCUAGUAAUCUAACCAACCCCUUUUUGGAGGAUGUGACAAAUCCCACACCAAGCAACGGGAGCACGGAUGCCACACUGAAACCAUUGCAGACGAACGAAAUGCCUCAGUCUGGUGACCUUGUCGCCAUGGAUGCCGAAUUCGUGACACUGAAUCCGGAAGAGAAUGAGAUUCGUCCGGAUGGCAAAACAGCUACCAUCAAGCCAUGUCACAUGAGUGUUGCUCGUAUUUCUUGUAUUCGGGGACAAGGAUCUCAAGAGGGUGUUCCUUUCAUGGACGAUUAUAUAUCCACCCAGGAGAAGGUCGUAGACUAUCUAACGCAGUUCUCUGGCAUUAAGCCUGGCGACUUGGAUGCUAACUUUAGUAACAAGCGGCUGACUGCCUUGAAGUACUCUUACCAGAAACUCAAGUAUCUGGUGGAUGUGGGCGUUAUUUUUGUGGGACAUGGCCUGAAGAAUGAUUUCAGGGUAAUCAACAUCUAUGUGCCCUCUGAGCAAAUAAUAGAUACGGUGCACUUGUUCCACCUGCCACACCAUCGAAUGGUAUCGCUGAGAUUCCUGGCCUGGCACUUUUUUGGAACAAAAAUUCAAUCCGAGACGCACGACUCCAUAGAAGAUGCUCGGACCACCUUACAGCUAUACAAGCACUACCUGAAGCUCCAGGAGGAAAAGAAGUUCGCCAACGCGCUGAAGAACCUGUACGAGCGGGGAAAGCAACUGCAGUGGAAGGUGCCGGAGGAAUAGGUCUGAGACCAACCUAAUGUCAAUUCGACGAAAUGCAUAAUCAAAGUAAUCGUCAGUACAAACUUCACCCCAACCCGAUGACCGAUGACCGCGACAUUCAUCUAUUUAACUUGGUUUCAAUGUGUUUCAUUUUCUCUUGUGCUUCUGGUAUUUUAUUUGUGUAUCUUUGUAACAAACGUUCAAAACAUUGAA